AUGGAGAUCGACUCAUGCACUAUUAUCAAAUCGGAGAAGCCUCAAACGUCCGUGAGUUCCUCACCGCCAGAGAAAGUCCAUCUCCGGCCGAUGACUAUCUCCGACGUGGACGAUUUCAUGGUAUGGGCAACUGACACAGACGUCACACGCUAUUGCACGUGGGAGCCAUACACGAGCAGAGAAGCCGGGAUCGCGUUCAUAAACGACGUUGUUUUGCCACACCCUUGGCUUCGAGCUAUAUGCUUAGAAAACGACCGUCCGAUCGGCUCUAUCUCCGUCACACCGGUCGAUAAGAUCAGAGGAGAGAUUGGUUAUGUCAUCGGAAGCAAGUAUUGGGGUAAAGGAAUCGCGACGGAGGCGGUGAGGCUUGUCGCGGCGGAGAUAUUCAAGGAGAAACCGGAGAUGGAGAGGCUCGAGGCACUUGUGGACGUAGACAAUGUUGGAUCUCAAAAGGUUCUUGAAAAAGUUGGUUUUAAAAGAGAAGGUGUUAUGAGGAAAUUUAUGUGUCUAAAAGGAAAUGUUAGAGAUAUGGUCAUGUUUAGUUUAUUGCCUUCUGAUUCUUCGCACUAA